AUGAUUCUUUCUAAUAAUUCUCAUCUCUUUCCACAUACAUUCUUUUUGGCUGGCAUUCCAGGACUGACAGCAGCUCACAUUUGGAUAUCACUUCCCUUUUGUUUCAUGUUCUUCCUGGCUGUCACUGGAAAUGGUGUUCUUCUUUUUCUCAUCUGGACAGAACGCAGCCUUCACCAGCCCAUGUUUUUUUUCCUUGCAAUGCUCUCUUUUGUCGACCUGAUCCUCUCUCUUUCCACUCUGCCCAAGAUGCUGGCCAUCUUCUGGUUUGAUGCUACCUCCAUCAGCUCCCAUUUCUGUCUUUCCCAGAUGUUCUUCAUUCAUGCAUUCUCUGCUAUGGAGUCAGGAGUUCUGGUGGCCAUGGCCCUGGAUCGCUUUGUGGCCAUCUGUAACCCACUGCGUUAUGCAACCAUUCUUACUCCAGUUAUUGUUGCCAAGAUUGGAGGCUUGGUGUUCCUUAGAGGUGUUGGAUUAACCAUCUCCUUUCCAAGUCUGGCCCACCGAUUACCCUACUGUGGCUCCCACACAAUUGCCUAUACUUACUGUGAACAUAUGGCAGUGGUGAAGUUGGCCUGUGGAACCACCACUGUGGAUAAUCUCUAUGCCUUUGCUGUAGCAAUAUUCCUUGGUGUGGGGGAUGUGACAUUUAUUGCUUACUCUUAUGGACAGAUUGUGAAGACUGUGAUUCAUUUUCCUUCACCCGAGGCACGUGCUAAAGCAGCGAGCACAUGUACAGCUCAUGUUUGUGUCAUCAUCUUUUUCUAUGGACCAGGUUUUCUUUCUGUUGUCAUGCAGCGUUUUGGGCCACCCACAGCAUCUGCUGCCAAAGUCAUUGUUGCCAAUCUUUACUUGCUCUUUCCACCAGCACUGGACCCCAUUGUCUAUGGAGUCAAGACCAAGCAGAUCCGGGAGCGGCUAUUCAAAAUUCUAAGUUCCAAGAGGGUUGAUCCCACCUGA